CAUACCAGCAUUCACUAUUCUGUAAUGUCUCCUUAAAAAAUAUAGGCUUUCUUAUGGCUUUUUUUCGAUUGCAAGUUUGUCGCCUCUCUUGUCAUUUUAGGAUGGCACUCGUACGAGAACGAGAAGGAGAAUGUCAUGAGAAUCUAUUUGACUUGCAUGAUCAGUAUUUUUGCGGUAAGCCUUGCACUAUACCUACUGGGUUCUAACAAGUUACUCACCUCUUAUUUUGAGAACGAAGUCGAUGCUGAGAGGUGGAAGAGGAUUUGCGCUAAGCUCGUACGUGGGCUGGCUUUCCAUGUCGUUUGUGACCGACUCGUCGUCCAGAGCGUUUACCGAUCCGACUCCGUUAACUUCCCCAACGGCGUCGGUUUGAGCAGAGCCGACUGGCAGAGCUCCUGCGCUAUCCUCGCCAGUAAGGUUGUUUCCCAGGAGCAACCCACGGAGAAGCCCGGAGCUGCCGGAGGAGGUGGGGCGGCCGGGGGUGCCGGCCAUGUGGCGGCCGUUAAUGGUCACAGUAUCGAUCUCGACCUGGUUCCGAUUAGCACCGACAGCAACCACAACAAGCCGCAUCAGCUGGCACAUAAGGCGCUCACCAUAACGGACCUGUCCCCGGCUCUGAUGCACGGCUCGCAGCUCCGAGUUGCUUACCAAGGGGUGCCCGGCGCGUACUCCGAAGCCGCCGCCGGAAAGGCCUAUCCGAACUGCGAAGCCAUUCCGUGCGACAAAACAGCAAACAUGUACAUCAAACCCUAUGAGUAACUUACUCACAAACGACAUGGAAAGCCAGCCCACGUAUUAGCUUAGCGCAAAUCCUCUUCCACCUCUCAGCAUUGGCUUCGUUCUCAAAAUAAGAGGCGAGUAACUUGUUAGAACCCAGUAGGUAUAGUGCAGGGCUUACCGCAAAAAUACUGAUUAUGCAAGUCAAAUAGAUUCUCAUGCCAUUCUCCUUCUCGUUCUCGUACGAGUGCCAUCCUAAAAUGACAAGGGAGGCGACAAACUUACGAUUGAAAAAAAGCCAAAGAAAGCCUAUAUU